AUGGCGAGCGCUGUAGUGUUUCCAUGAUAUCGCGCCGAGAAAGACAAGCUUGCACUAGCAGUACUGUCUAUGGAUAUUACUGGUGAAUGCCGCGAACCACACCGGACUUACUACAGGGAAGUAUUCCAAUAGCUUAUUCCAGGAUUUUCCGUUUUAAUUCGUGGAGAUUUAUGAAAAUGUGUAAAAGCGUUGAGCGCUGCUAUAGCGGGCUGCGAAGGCUUUACGCACUGAGCAAGUGGCCGGUCGAUUAUCACCAAGCUCUCUGAAGUGGGAUUUUCGGAAGCGUGUUAUUCAUUUAUAUCGGAUUUACAGAUUGUUCUCGUUUUGAUUUGAGGUUUUACUCAGUAACUGGCAAAGAUGGCUGCUGUUGCGGCCUGGUUACCAUUCGCUCGGGCGGCGGCAAUAGGCUGGGUGCCCGUCGCUCAGAACCCCAUGCCCCCACCCCCAGUACAGCACGACAGCCACCGAACUGAUGAGAAACUACGAAUAAAUGUCAGCGGACGGAAAUUUGAAACUUGGCGAAAUACAUUAGAGAAGUAUCCCGACUCCCUCCUGGGCUCAAAUGAAAAAGAGUUUUUCUAUGACGAAGAGGUUAAAGAGUACUUUUUUGACCGAGAUCCUGAUAUCUUCAGGCAUGUGCUAAAUUACUACAGAACAGGCAAACUGCAUUACCCGCGGCAUGAAUGCAUCACAGGCUAUGAUGAGGAACUCGCCUUCUUUGGUAUCAUGCCCGACAUCAUUGGAGAUUGUUGUUACGAAGAUUACCGCGACAGAAAGCGAGAAAAUGCAGAACGUCUAAUGGACGACAACCCCUCAGAAAAUGGCGACAAACACCCCCAGACAAACGUCAGAGAAAAAAUGUGGCGGGCUUUUGAAAAUCCACACACGAGCACUGCAGCUUUAGUGUUCUACUACGUAACUGGGUUCUUCAUUGCUAUCUCUGUUUUAGCAAAUGUGAUUGAGACGAUUCCGUGUGGAGUUAUACCAGAAACGGACGAAAACCCCUCUUGCGGGGACCGGUAUAAAGAGGUCUUCUUCUGUCUAGAUACGGCUUGUGUAAUGAUCUUUACCGCUGAGUAUUUACUUCGGGCGUUCGCCGCCCCAGAUAGGUGCAAAUUCAUGCGAAGCGUCAUGAGUGUAAUAGAUGUAGUGGCAAUACUCCCGUAUUACAUCGGACUCGGGAUAAAGGACAAUGAUGACGUCAGUGGCGCUUUCGUUACCCUUCGUGUCUUCAGAGUUUUUAGAAUUUUCAAAUUUUCCCGUCAUUCACAAGGAUUACGUAUUCUUGGAUAUACCCUGAAAAGCUGUGCCAGUGAACUCGGAUUCCUACUCUUCUCUCUCACCAUGGCCAUAAUCAUCUUCGCAACAAUCAUGUUCUACGCUGAAAAGAAUGUAAAGAGCACCAACUUCACAAGUAUUCCAGCAGCCUUCUGGUACACCAUUGUUACCAUGACAACUCUAGGUUACGGUGACAUGGUGCCUUCUACAAUCACCGGCAAGAUUGUCGGCGGUGUAUGUUCACUCAGUGGAGUUUUGGUUAUCGCUCUUCCAGUUCCUGUUAUUGUUUCAAACUUCAGUCGAAUAUACCACCAGAACCAGCGUGCGGAUAAGAGGAAGGCGCAAAAGAAAGCGCGGCUAACGAGAAUAAAAAUGGCGAAGAAUGCGAGUGGUCAAGCGUUCCUCAGUAGUAAGAAGAAAGCUGAGGAACGACUCAGAGCCCGGGAAAGCGGGCUUGAACUGGACGAGGAGAAUAGCGACGAUGUCUUUAAACUACAGCAUCACCACCUCUUAGCUUGUCUUGAAAAAACUACCGAUCGUGAGUUUGUUGAGAUGGAGUCAGCGUACAAUGGUGCCCCGACCAAACCCUCCAACACCCCUCCUCUCUCCCCAACCCCGUCUAUCGCCUCCAUUGAACCCAGGAAGACGACGACGGGUUGCUGCGCUCGGAGAUCAUCGAGUAGAAAAUAUCUGGUAAAGUUCAAUACAAAAUCCUGUUUUGGGCAAGAUGCUAUCAUCACGAGGUCACAUGAAACCGAACCGCUGAAACCAACGCGGUCAUCCCCAGAGUCGGGUCAAGAAGAACUGAAUGAUUUACAACAGAUCCAUCUGCCGACGAUAAACCGGACGCCCCGCCAAAGCCUCAAUGCCAUCCCAAUAAGUACCACCAAUAAUAAAGCCAACAAUACGACGACGGUGACGACAGCCAUCGUCACUAUGCCCUCGUCGAGUACAAACUCUGAUGCCGAGUCAAUGCGGACACCGAGCACGUGCAGUGCCUCACCGCAGAAUCCAAACGUGUGCAGGGUGUCCACGCUUUAAUGGACAGAAUCGCUAGUUCAGGAUUUCACUCUACGAUCAGGGAGUUGUUUCUGGUCUAUCUUAUUGGUUGAGGGUCCAUAUGCUCAAUCAGGAAGCGGAGCAGACGUCAAUCACGGCGUAGAUGGAAAAGAGAAUAGGGAGAAGAGAAUGGGGAGAAGAAAAUGUAUGUUAAUGCAAAAGCUCGGUUAAUGAGAGAUUGCGGCUUUUUACAGCUGUUUGGUUGCAACGGUUUUGAAAUACGGUUUGGAAAAGCAUGAAAUUCCACACAGCUGUUUUUGAGUCGAAGGUACAACUGAAAAGUGGACACAUUUCUCAUGUUGUAAGACGUGCAUUAUAGUUGUGCAUGUUGUCUGAUUGAUGUGGAAGGGAACUGCACUCGGCUCAAUGCAUCUUGUCGACCUGUGAAUGCGAUCAUGUGAUAGCAAGCCAGAUGAAUACGACACUCACUAAUUAUGGACUAACUAAGUGCUACUUAAGCUAUAAAUGGUCGGUUCUACAGCAUCAACUGUCAUGUAAUGAACCACCGUAUAAACCUACUCUUAGAAGGAGUUUACUCUGCCGUAAUAUGAAGUAUAGGUCUUUUAAAUGUCUUCAUUGAAUAUAUGAACAUAUAUGGUUGUGAGGCAGAUAUUUUCAUGAUAGUCGAGACCGACAUUGUUUCAAUUUUGACAACUUUUGAUAUAUGUUGUUGUGAUUCCUGGUUUAGAAAUAAUGAAUAUUCAUCUUCAUAUCUAAUAUUCAUGAGUGUGAAUAUUCAUUAGCUCGUGUGAAUAUUCAUAAGUUACAUUGCUCAUGAACAUUCACGAGUAAGAAAUAAUUGAAUAUUGUGUCCAGUGUUGAUUAUAACCUCAGUUUGGACAAUUGGAACUUGAAUAUUCAUGAACAAUGCCUGUUAAUAUUCAUGAGUAACCUUUAUGAAUAUUCAUAAGCCUGGAUGUUCAUGAAUGUGAAUAUUGAUGGCUUGUAAUUGGAUAUUCAUGAGGGUGGCUAAGGCGUCGGAAUGUCGAACAGAUCUGAUAGGUCGUUCGUGUCAAUAGCUGGAAAAAAUCUGACAUAAAAUUCACAUAUUCUAUGUGGUUUUUUAAUGUUCUCUUUUCGGUGGGCAUAAAAAUGAAUCUGACGUCACGUGACCUCGCCUGUUCCAUGAAUGAUCCCUGUCAGAAAAUAUUUGGUUAUGGUGGAGACGUAGUUGAUGAAAGAGUCUAGAUUCUGUAGAAUCUGUUAUUUUGUGUUGGAACGGCAAGUUUCUGAAUCAGAAAUGGCAAGCCGUUCGCUUGGUGGUAAGUGGUGGUCACUUUACCACCAGACUGGACAGAUUAAAGCCGUGUUUAUGAACAUUUAAUCAUGUCUUUGGAUAGGUAGACGAGGCAAGGGGGCCCCACGCAAAUCUAUCAUUAUUUAAAAACAUUCCAUAGUUGUACGGAGAGUUGACAUUAGGGUGUAACUUUACCAUGUCUUUCUGAUUCGGCCUGUAUAUGUUAUAUAUAAAUACAAAACACGACCAGUUAGUGCAAGAGUAAUUAGUGUAGGCAGUUUUUUGUUAUUUUGGUCUGCGAACUGUGUCUGAUAUUGGCACGGUCUAGUGGUGAGGCUGGCAGAUCAGUUAGUCUUUUGGCUUGGAAGACAUGCAGCUGGCUAACCGUCAAACUAAAUAAUGACGUUUGGGGGAUGGAGAAAAAUAAGAGUCGAGCUCAUGUAUUGGCUUUGAAUUCCUUUGCUGGGCCGAGAUGCCAGUGCAAGGUAUCGCCGAAAGUGAAUAUGAGUUACCAUGCUGGGUGAUAAUAGUUGGGUAAAUGGAUAUUUAGUGUCUGCCAAAGAAUAACCAUACAUGAUCUCUUGUCAUUUGGCUUGUUCAGUGACUUGGAAAAUCUCUGGUGCUUUCUCUAUAUUCUCAUCAUUGAAUUGGCCAGUCCAGUCAGUUUAACGUAAUAUGACUGGACGAGGCUCUAUGUACGAGUAUAAACCAAUGGACAAUUUCUGGCAGCUUCUCAUUUGAACAGAUCUUCAUGAAAAUAUGCUUCAUUGCUGUUUUAGGCUUAGUAUAGUUUGGCUUGUUUCUUAUUUCGAACCGGAUACUUGGUAAGGUCUUUUGGUGAACGUCUGACCAUAUUGGCCUGUGGUGGCUCCCUUGCCUAUGGGUGGUUCCAUGGGGAUGACAUGACCUGGUUUGAAUGGAGUUAGUCCCCUCAUCACCUCACUAUGCUACCUCAGUAGUGAACCUCCUUGAUCUCUUAGACAAGAAAACAAGGAUUUAUGGUGGUAGUAACUUGUGACCUCGAAUGAAAAUGAGUGGAUCAACUCACUUUCCAACUAAAUUUCUUACAAAUUCGGUCACAAAAAUAUGGGGUUGGAUCAUUAGAAGGACAUGCAGAGAGAAGCAGAGGAUCAGAGACUAUUACUACCGUACCAAUAAUGAUCUUUGCAUUUUUAUAAUUUCAUGUUCAUAUUGUAACUAAUUUUACAGAAUUUAAACUUUGAACUGUUCAGCUCUAUUUGAUUGAGAUGAUUACUGAUUUUGUUCCUGUGCUCACUAAGGUAGAAUAGAAGUUUCUCAGUAACGUCGUCGUUGCCUGCCUAAUGUUUUCCUCCGCCUUUUUUUACGCAUCUUAUACUGUCGUGUAUAUAAACAAUUUGAUGGACCUCAAUGCUGUCUCCUACACCGUAACUCAUGAAGCUGUACAGUUUUUAUCAUGUAUAUACUUAGUCCUUGGGACAGGCGUUCAAAUAUGGUUCCAUCCUGGAAUUGAUUGUCAGAUAUUUGUUCCAUAUUUUAGCGAGAUAUAAGUUGAAGUAUUCAUGUACUUGCCAGAAUUCACAACUGUCUUUAACAGUAAACCUGGUAGCAAUGCAUGCCAAGCUAGCGCUCGAGAGCAGUGCUUGGUGGCAAUGCUGUCCUGAGAAGAUGAGCGGGAUGUCGUUAGUGCUAGCGAUGUCCCGCGUUAGUAUUCAUUGAAAAAAGCUCUAUGUCCACCUUGUUGCACCGCAAAUCUUGUUAAACUUGACAGAAAGUCUGGCAAUCAAUUCCUCAGGAAUCAUGAGUAUGAUUAGCCAUCGCUGGGAUUUCAUCACAUGACAUUUUUUCUUCGAUUCACCGCGUCAUAAAGCCCACGUGGUCCAUAAACCUAUAAACUCUCCAGGAUUUCAUAUACGAUGUAGUAAUAUACCCCUGAAGGAAUGUUUUUGAAUUUUUCUGCCGAUUUCAGAAUCUUAUCAUCACCUUCCUACGGGGAUUGUUCUUAUAUUUAUACUGUUAAAAUUAAUUAAAAAAACAAACUAAAAAAUACAAGUGGUUGCGUCUGUUAUGGUUCUGUUGUGUUUGCAAAAACGACUGAGACUUGUGUAAUUAAUAAUUCGUUUCAUAUUGUGGUUUUAGAGAAUAUUUUGAAUAUAUUAGUAUAUAGAAUCACUAUCUCAUUGUAAAUGGACUUUGUGAGGAAGCUUAUCUAAGAACUGUGGCAGAAUUCUAGUCAAGUGCGUUUUUCAUCUCUGAUAGUCAUCCAGCUGUGUAAGUCUUCAGUGGUUAAUAGAUGUAAUAUAGAUAUAAAUAGCAUGUCCCGGCGUGUGACCAGUAAACAUUGCAUGGAACAGUUUAUAAACUUUCUCAAAAUGUGAAUAUUUCUGCAUCUUUUUGAGUUGUGUAACUAGACUGUGGUAAAUCAAAAUGGUGAUGAAUGCUUUUUCAUAUUCUUAGUCCUCACGAAUGCAAUGGAGACCCUUUUACAAUGUUUUAUUUCCUUGAUUUGUCUGGUUGUCAUAUAAACAGAUGAACCACCAUGCAGGCUCAAUGAGGCCAAAUCCUAGCAUCCUUUAUGAUACUCUUGGCACUUCCAUCUCGCCGUGGAUUGUGGAGAUCGGGUUUUGCCAAACACUGUGGAAGGUGCCAUAUGUGUGCAUGCUACAAUACGAGGAAAUUAUUUCAAUAGCAUAAGAAAAUUAUAACGAAAAAAGGUAUGAAAGAAUAAAUAAGAUCUUGCAAUGAUUUGUUUCCCCCUUUCAUUUGUUACUGACACAAAGUGCAGUAGACCCACUCAGAGAUGGCAAACCUCGUUCCCCCUAUCCACGGUUAGCUGGGACUGCUGGGUGCUUUUGCUUUGUGAUCAAUACCUGUACAUGUACAUCAUUAUGAUUUUGUAUUUCACAAUCAAAUUGCAUAAGGUUUACUCCGUCUCGCUCAAGGUGUGUGUAUUCAUAUGCUCUUUUGUGUUUUUGUCAGGCCGAUGUCAUUGGUUUGUCAUUGUUUACGGCUUGGCCUGUAUUGUUCAAAUAGUUCAAAAUACUGAAACAAUUGGUAUUGUUGGGUCCUCAGUCAAGAGCUUUACACUUUGCUGCAGAAUACCAUGAAGCUUGGGGGGAAAGGGUUUCCUGUCCUAAUGUCUCGUUGCUAAACGUAUCAAUUCUGAUUCCCGCGGAAUCAGGCCUUAGACCACACUAGUGGGUAUCCCAGAUCACAAUAGUUUCGGCCCACCUCGGCGUCCCCCCUAAAUGAUGAGUAUUAUGACGGAUGAGCAAUGACAAAAAAGCCGAGGAAAUAUAGUGGUGUUAUCAGAAAUUUCAGUUGGAAAGAAUUUGUGUUGAGUAGUAUCGGUAUAGGUUUUAAACCCAAAAGCGUUAAGGACACUUCAUUACUUUCAUUACUCGAUCACGGACCUCGCAAUGAUAUAAACGGCUAGAGACCCACCCGGUGAUAAUUAAAGCAGAAUUGAUGAGAGCCUUGCCUAUGCCAUACUGCAAUCCAAUAUCGUUGAUGUCUUAAUGAGUGCGCAUAUCAGCCGACAUGAAAAUCCACUCUCUCUGGUUAGAGCAUUUCCUGUUGCUGGUGGUUCAGAAGGAUUAGCAGCAAAUUAGUGACUGUAAAACCGAACCAUGAGUGGUGUUGGUGACCUUGGUUUUAACUCUUAGAUGACAACUGUUGCCCAUUUAGAAGCCUGUAAGUAGAUUUUUAUUUUGGUGAUGAAGGGGAGGCUGUUGAUCGUGUUUACAUCCAAUUUGACCAGAGUGUGAAAUUCAACUCUUGAAGAACAUUAUCCAGUGAGGUUUCUUUCCCUCUUAUGACACCUUGACGCUACACAUUAGAGGAAAGAUGUCUCAUAUACUCCCCCCACUCAAGGGAUUGACACAUUUCCAUUUUGAUAUCAGAUCUUAUGGGUCAAGCAUCGAUGCGGCAAAACAAUUCGCCAACCUUCCAAGGGAACGACACCUUGCAAGGGAACCACGACCACAUAACAUUUCGCCGGCGGAACACCAAAAUUAUCACAAGAUUUCGACAUACCGGUACCGGUCUUCAAAGAUUCCUUAACCAAUCAUAAACGCCUAGGAUUACCGAGGGUGUUGAUGCUUUUCCACCCUUGAGGAGGGACGUCCCGAGUUAUGUGUUGAUCAAAAUGUGUUAGUUCGAUAUGUCCUGUUUUCCUUCAAGUCGUCUGCAUCAAAAUAAUAUACUGUUUAUAGUCCUUUUAAGGGCCGAGUUUGUUCGUUCAGAAUUUGAAAUUGUGUUUGAAAUUGUCCAGUUAUGUAAAUACUCAUUAAACAUGAAUUUGAACAAUGCUGUUACUGGCACUGAUAUAAAAACACUUUACAUGCCGAGUUUCAUGAUGGUGGCAUGUAUACUAGCUGUUACCAGCGGGCCACUUUUGUACAAACAUUGCCUUUAGUAAUUCAAUCACCUCGCUUCUUAUAACCUUAUCGGUUGCGUCGUAAUAACAAGGUUGUGAUCUUGUCCUAGGGUUGCAGUGAAACUUCUGACAACAGCACUCUCCUUGGAAAUCACAAAGAAGCGCAGUCCGUUCCCAAAGUGUUCAGGGGCACUGCGUGUACCCCCCAUGAUGUGAUGUAAAACUAUGACAGAGUACAUCAGCACAAAAUUGCACAAAUGCCCUAGCUUGCAGUCGAAACAGGUUCGUUUGGAUUUUAUGCUAUGAGUGAAGGAUGAGAAGUUCGUUUCGACUAUCAGUGUCAUUUUUUAAUGCUCCCUUGUAAAGUUUUUUCUACAGGUCAAACCAAUUUAGUGAUGGAUUGGAACUAUUCAGUGAAGUUGUAAUUAUAUGAUAAUAUCAAUAUUUUUCAUCGCGUAUGAACAAAGUUGACACAAAGGCCCUUAAAACCUUAAGUGAAAUACAUAUAGAAAGGUCACAUCCAACUGAGACUGUCUUAAGUCUGAAGUAAGAUUAAUCAAAAGGACGUUGCCAGGUGUUUCGAAGGCGACAUCUAAGAUGACUUUCUCAAGAGAAUCCUCAACUCUAUUGUGAAUCUGAUGAGCGGUGAAGCUUCGUCAGUUGUGUAGGAGUAAGUCCCUUGUAAAUUUUAAGCUUAUUGUUCUUUUGAAGUGAUUGUGAAAGCAAUGGAGCCCCGCGAUGUCCCCCUCGGCUGUCAUGAGUAUGUGAUGGUUCAAGUUGCCAAUAUAUUUGUUAUCUCAUGCUUUCAUACUUAGCUCAUUUGUUGACUUUUAAUCAAAUUUUUCGGCAGUAAGAUGAUGUGUGGUGACUGUUACCAUGGGUAGAGAACACUUUAAUGAUAUUGUAUUCUAACGCUAACUUUAUUUUUGUGAUUGAGUAAUUAUAUGAAAUAUAUUAACACAGACAUUUAGGGCACCAUUUAAUGCGUUUCCGAUCCUGGAGCUGGUUACAAUUCAAUCGCAAGAUGAUGGAUGAUGACAACUUCAGACCUCGUAGCCAGGUUUAAGUUUCAUCAUGAUUGUGUGUGAUGACCUUAUGUGACAGUGUCACCAGGGGUGAGGAUCAGUCAGAUAGAGAUUAGGGGCUGGGCUUACCAUAGAUUAAUGCCCAGGGUAAUCUGGUCAGUCAGAGAAGCGCGCUCCAUGGAGCCAAUAUUUGAAGCACUGUAGGUAAGCAUUGCAAAUGCCACUCAAGCAACUGUAAGUAAAUUGCUGGAAAAUAAGAAAGGCGCAUACCACCCUAAUUCUGUCAUACAUUCAGAAUUGCUGGAUAGUUAUAUAAGGUCUUGCAAUAAAUGGUGCCCAUAAGCAGAUUACGAAUUCCUCAAGGUCAGCUCAAGGUCAGAUGACGAUGAUCUGUUGUGAGGUCAUUUCAGUUUGCGCGCUCUGCAUGUACUGUUUAUCCAAUCAAGGGUCGUUCAGAGAUGGUUACAGAAUGUCAUUGCAGUUCUGCCACACCGAUCAAGUUGUGACGACUCCUGAAUGAUUAAGCCUAAUGGAGGCCAUGUGCAAUGCAAGCAAACCAGAAAUAAGAUUUGUUGUCUGGUGUUGAUUGGCUAAAGUGAAUGCCAGUUUGAUUGGUGUUUAUCCUCUCUGUGCCCGCCGCCUAUUGUUGCACUGUAGAACUAGAUUUUACCUUUUCUAGCGUGGGAGCAAGAAUUUAAAGUGAAUCAUAAGAAUUGAGAUACUUUAGCUUUUAUCAGACAAGAUUUUUGUUCAACAAACUUUGCAUGCAAAACAAGCAUAAUCAAGUGAAAUAAUCAAUUCGUACCGGUAUACGUAUUAAUCAUAUCUUUUAAUAAAUUUCCAAAAGAGAAAGUUUUCAACGUUUUCGCCAUUGAGUGAGUGUGGCUUUGAAAACAUUAAAAAGUGAAAUUCAACCACUGUUACCUGGAGUCGGCGAAUGGUUUGACAACUGGGAAAACAAACCCACUGGGAAAAUUUGUUUUGUCAACAAUAUUUUUCAGGAAAUUGACAGUUCUGAUAAAAUACUACAAUGUUCAACUCUAUGUUUCUCUUUAAUCGUGUCCCCUUGUAGGCUUUUUGCAUUCAGUAAAAUAUUGUAAAUAGUAAUGUGGUCUUCUUCACCAUGUGACUUGGGAGUUGUGUACAUAAUUUUCGUCUUUGAGAUUCGCCAUUUUAUAUUCCUUUACUCCUUUAUCCUGGCUUUGAUGACCUGUACACCCGUACAGCACCAGCAGUCACCUCGUUUGCUCGCAGGAAUAUUGGGAACUUUCUGUCAUCCAGUGAGGUACUGUAAAACCAGGCAGGAGCAGUCAUGACUGUCUUGGUUGUGGCAUCAUCAAAUCUCAGGAUGUACAGGUGCUGCUACAUGCAUCAGAUACAGUGGUUCCAGGCUGAGUUUGCAGUAGAGUUCUGAAUUGACAAUAUGUAAACAAUGGCUUCCUGGAUGUUGCCAAUCUUCGUCUCCACAAGCUGGUCGUGCACUUGAUAUUCCAGUUUAAGAAUCACUUUAAUAGCUCUAUCUAUGAUUAGCUUGGCUGGAAUCUUUUAAUGCUGGCUAUAUACAAUCUUUUCCUCAUAUUGAUGAUAUUUAAUGACAAGAUCUUGAAACUUGUUCGGACUCUUACACUAUAAAGAAACCCAGCUUGUGGAUAAGAAGGUUUUGAGCGAACUGAGUGAAUUAAUCUUGGGUAAAGGUUGGCCAAAGCCUCCUUGAGCAGUGGUGCCAUUAUAACACUCUCGUGACCACCAAGGUCCACCGUUAUAGGGACCUGUAACACGGGUAAAGUCAAGCCUGAUGGAAUCCACUGAUGCAAUUUCGGCGAUGUCCACUUUGAGAUGGGGUUCCAAUAAUUUGUGUGAUAUUUAGGGUUACCACAAUCGACUGUUUGCAAUCUGAGUGAGUGUCCCGGUACAGAAUGCUGGGAAAGAUUAUUGGCUUCUCCAGAGCAAACUAGGUGGCGCUGAGCUGGUCACUAUCACGUGAUCCAAGUGGCAUUAGGAUAGGUUACGCUUAUUUUUCAGUCUGUUCACACAUCAGGUUCAUGUAAUAUCAAUAAAAUGUUUAUACCAUUAA